ACUGCUCCCCUCCUGGCCUCCUCCCUACCAAAUCUACCCCCGCCUCGAUCCCCAAAACCCGCGCCGCUCGCCGUCGCCGGAGACGGCGCCGCGCCCCCCCUCCCGCCACGCCCGCGCGCGGCAUGGCCUCCGGUAGCUCGGUCGGCGGCGACUCGUACGACGAGGAGGCCGCCGCCGCCGCCGUCCCCCGCCGCCCCCCGGUCGAGCUCGACGGCCGCGGCGCCGCCUCCGACCACCGCUCUGGAUUCAUUCCUAGAUAUCAGGUGGGCUCAAGUAAAGUUGACACAAGUGAAAGAUACUUUGAUGAGUGGCAAAAGAAGCUGCCCAAUACAGAUGAAAUCCGCAAGAGCAAGCCUAGAUCAAGAUAUUUCACAAUAUCUGGGGUGGAACUAUCCCCAGAUAAUAUGGCAGUUGCAACUGUGUAUUUUGUGCAAGGGGUUUUAGGCCUUGCUCGACUUGCUGUGAGUUUUUACUUAAAAGAUGAUCUUCAUCUUGAUCCUGCAGAGACUGCAGUUAUAUCUGGCUUCUCAUCCUUGCCAUGGUUGAUCAAGCCCCUGUAUGGCUUUAUCAGUGAUUCCAUCCCACUCUUUGGAUAUCGACGAAGGUCAUACCUUAUUCUGUCAGGAUUCCUUGGUGCUCUUUCAUGGGGUUUGAUGGCUACAUUGGUGGAUAGUAAAUACAGUGCAGCAUUCUCUAUUCUGCUGGGAUCACUUUCUGUUGCCUUCUCAGAUGUUGUGGUGGAUUCUAUGGUUGUUGAGAGAGCUCGUGGCGAAUCACAGAGUACAUCUGGAUCUCUCCAGUCACUAUGUUGGGGAUCCUCAGCUUUUGGAGGAAUAGUGAGUGCAUAUUUCAGUGGUUCACUUGUGGAUACUUAUGGAGUAAGAUUUGUCUUUGGUGUUACAGCUUUUUUACCCCUGAUGACAUCUGCUGUUGCAGUUCUUGUAAAUGAACACCGUCUAUCUUCAGGGGAACGUGCUAUGUCACACUCUGGUUCAGGAUUCAUUGAGACCUCUAAGCAGCAUAUCCGGCAGCUUUGGACUUCAGUAAAGCAACCUAACAUUUUCUUGCCCACCUUGUUUAUAUUCCUCUGGCAAGCAACACCUAAGUCGGAUUCCGCCAUGUUUUUCUUCAUCACAAAUAAGCUUGGGUUCACGCCAGAAUUUCUAGGACGUGUAAAGCUUGUUACAUCUAUUGCUUCAUUGCUUGGUGUUGGGCUUUAUAACUAUUUUCUAAAGGCGGUUCCUCUAAGGAAAAUCUUCCUGGCGACAACCAUCAUAGGUUCAGCCCUUGGAAUGACACAGGUUCUUCUUGUUACUGGGCUUAAUCGGCAGUUUGGAAUCAGUGAUGAAUGGUUCUCUAUUGGGGAUUCGUUAAUCAUUACAGUCCUAAGUCAGGCUUCAUUUAUGCCAGUUUUGGUGUUAGCAGCUAAAUUGUGUCCACCAGGAAUGGAAGCAACUCUGUUUGCCACUUUGAUGUCCAUCUCUAAUGCUGGAAGUGUUAGUGGUGGUCUAGUUGGUGCUGGUCUAACUCAAUUUUUUGGAGUCACUAAGGACAGCUUUAAGAAUCUAGCUCUCUUGAUUGUCAUCUGCAAUCUCAGUGCGCUGCUGCCUCUGCCUCUUCUAGGCCUCCUUCCAGAGGAAUCAGGUAAUGCAGAUGACGAAGAAACAAAACAUAAUUGACUUGAGGAUUUCUCUAGCUCUGCCCGUCCAACUCAGAUACAGCCCAUCGUCUUGGAGUUGAAUGAAUCUGCAGGGAAAGUAUGAACUCAUACUGCGGAAGUGCAGAUAGCUUCAAUUGGCCACUGCUUUCAUCACUUAGGUCAAACUUUUUUUAGUCUGACCAUUAACUUGCAAGCUGGUACCAUGGUUCAAGAUCAUCAGAAAAUGAGCUUCAAUGCUAAACAAUACAGGUAUAUCAUUUUUUUCUCCUUUUCCAUUUUACAGUUUAGCACGUAUACCAAAGUCUAAUUUACAAUGUGUCUAUGUGUACUGAGCAAGUGUUGUAAUUUUUGUACUCUUUAUGUUGCUGAUUUAACCCCAUGAAAAGUAGAUGAGGGGGUUAACUAUUGUAGUUAAACCAUGAAUUCCUUAUAAAUAUGAAUGUAUUCUGCCAAAAAUAUGUUACACGCAUUACAACUUUACUGA